AUGGCUUCCCGCAAGCAUAUCUAUCUACCGACCGAAAUCCUUGUCGAGAUUGCGCAAUGCAUACGGGACUCUCGGGAGGACGACGAUUCCCAGACGGAUUCCCCAUUUGGGGAUCAAGCAACACUUCACAGCUUCUGUUUAGUGUCUCGCCAGUGGUAUUCUGCCGGCAUCGAAAUUCUGUACUCCCGGCCUGAUCUUAGUAAAGGAAGCAGCUUUGCGCAAUUUACAAGCACGGUGUGCCCACCUCUUCGUGCCAAGAAACCGACUCUGGAUUUCGGGUCAAUGGUCCGCUUCUUGUGGCUCGCUGGACUGGUACACCAAAGUUCGAACAGCCUGACAUCAAGGCUGCUUGGUCGCGUAAAAAAGAACCUGCAGGUUUUUGUUGCUCCAAGGACAUCAUUUUCUAUCAAUAGCCUUGCGCCAUUGUCGAAAUGCAAAGAGCUCAUUCACCUCCGCCUCGGCCUAGUGAUAGAGCCUAUCGAGCUUCCCGUCCUCAAAAAGGCAAUUGGCAAUCUUCACAAGCUGAGGUCGCUUUUUCUGCCGUCCUCGAUGUUGAUCACUGACGAUCAAUCGGGUUCAUGCUGGCCUCCAAAUAUCCAGCACAUGCAGCUGGGUGGAAAAUUCGACCUGGAGUCGAUGCCUACUUUCAGGUGGCCACCAAAUCUUACUAGUCUCGCAUUCUGUGGCUGUGAAGACCUGAACCCUUUCACUCUUGAACUGAUUCUCAUGAAUCACCAACUCUGCACAACGCUGCGCGCAUUGUCUCUUCACUCUUCGAAUGGCAAUAUGCUGGGUGAUGAUGAAACCUCUAUUCUAAGUGGCUUGGUCGGGUUGAGACGGCUUGAGGUGCCCAUUGAUCUUCUGUAUUCAUUGCUCAUUCUCCCUGCAUCCGAUGAAAUUAGCUCGCCGCUCUCAAUUCGCGAAUUGAUCCUCACAGCACAAUAUGAGGAAGAAUUCGAGCCGGAGUUUGAUCUUGAUGAGCUCCAAAAGGCCCUGGGACGGAAUCUUUCGCGGGUUUGCGGAUUGGGUAUCUCUCCGAAGUGCCUCGAUCUAAUACCAAAGGAAUCUCAUUCCAGAAUUGAUAAGAAGAUCUGGAAGAAUAUUGAUGAGUGCCCGGAGAAUGAACUGGACUAUGUCUAUGACCUAGGUCUCUACGAAAUAGAAAAUGAGCUUUGUUGA